ACAGUUCCCGGCAUGCCCGGGGUACGGCUCCCAGAGAGUCGACGUCCAACAGCCUUCCCACUUUGGACCUCAGGCGCCCAAAAUGGCGAGUGAAGCUGCGGGCUCUCGCUGAGUAUCGGAGACGAACGUGCAGAGCCGCUGCGACCGUCAAAGCCCGGAACCCGGCCGGGCCCUGCCGCUGGGAACAUGCACUUUUCCAUUCCUGAAACCGAGUCCCGCAGCGGGGACAGCGGCGGCUCCGCCUACGUGGCCUAUAACAUCCACGUGAAUGGAGUCCUGCACUGUCGGGUGCGCUACAGCCAGCUCCUGGGGCUGCACGAGCAGCUUCGGAAGGAGUAUGGGGCCAAUGUGCUUCCUGCAUUCCCCCCAAAGAAGCUGUUCUCUCUGACACCUGCUGAGGUAGAACAGAGGAGAGAGCAGUUAGAGAAGUACAUGCAAGCUGUUCGACAAGACCCACUGCUUGGGAGCAGUGAGACCUUCAAUAGUUUCUUACGUCGUGCUCAGCAGGAGACCCAGCAGGUGCCCACGGAGGAGGUCUCCUUGGAGGUGCUGCUCAGCAAUGGGCAGAAAGUGGUGGUUAAUGUGCUAACUUCUGACCAGACUGAGGACGUCCUGGAGGCUGUGGCUGCAAAGCUAGAUCUUCCAGAUGACUUGAUUGGCUACUUUAGUCUCUUCCUAGUUCGAGAAAAAGAGGAUGGAGCCAUGUCUUUUGUGCGCAAGCUGCAAGAGUUUGAGCUGCCUUACGUAUCUGUUACCAGUCUUCGGAGUCAAGAGUAUAAGAUUGUGCUAAGGAAGAGUUACUGGGACUCUGCCUAUGAUGACGAUGUCAUGGAGAACCGGGUUGGCCUGAACCUGCUUUAUGCUCAGACCGUGUCGGACAUCGAGCGUGGGUGGAUCCUGGUCACCAAGGAGCAGCACCGGCAGCUUAAGUCUCUGCAAGAGAAAGUCUCCAAGAAGGAGUUCCUGCGGCUGGCCCAGACGUUGCGACAUUAUGGCUACUUGCGCUUUGAUGCCUGUGUGGCUGACUUCCCAGAGAAGGACUGUCCCGUGGUGGUGAGCGCAGGCAACAGCGAGCUCAGCCUCCAGCUCCGCCUGCCUGGCCAACAGCUCCGAGAAGGCUCCUUCCGGGUCACCCGCAUGCGCUGCUGGCGGGUCACCUCCUCUGUGCCAUUGCCCAGUGGAGGCACAAGCAGCCCUGGGCGGGGCCGAGGCGAGGUGCGCCUGGAACUGGCUUUUGAAUACCUCAUGAGCAAGGAUCGGCUGCAGUGGGUCACCAUCACCAGCCCCCAGGCCAUCAUGAUGAGCAUCUGCCUACAGUCCAUGGUAGACGAGCUGAUGGUGAAGAAGUCAGGCGGCAGUAUUCGAAAGAUGCUCCGCCGACGGGUGGGGGGCACCCUGAGACGCUCAGAUAGUCAGCAAGCGGUGAAAUCCCCUCCACUGCUGGAGUCGCCCGACGCCAGCCGGGAGUCCGUGGUCAAACUCUCAAGUAAGCUGAGUGCGGUGAGCUUGCGGGGGAUUGGCAGUCCCAGCACGGAUGCCGGUGCCGGUGAUGUCCACGGCAAUUUCGCCUUCGAGGGCAUUGGAGAUGAGGAUCUGUAGUCUCCACUGCUUCGAUGUCUGCCCUCUACCCGAGAACUUUGCAGAAACUUGCCCUGUGCCUGUGUCCCCCAAACUGGGUGGGGGGGGGGUCCUUUUCUUUCUCCCCUUCUCACGGCCAGGGGCCUAACACACCUCUCUCCUUGUCCCCUGGGCUGGCUGCAAAGGAUCGCCCCCCUCCCCUUUUCAAAGCUGGCCCACAAUGCCAAAUUAGCAUUUAGUGUUUUGCACAGAGUCUGAGGGACCAGGCCUGCCUGCCUUGCGGAGGGACACAGCUACCCUGGGCUGCUCAGGCUUCCCAGGGACAUGGGCCAAGGACAUGGGCACAAGUCUGUAGGGUCUGGCCCAGCUCCCUGUCAUUAAACUCAGCUGGAUUGCUGUCUA